AUGCCAUUCUCAAGUGGAAGAAACCUGGGUCCAGCCCAGCAGAGGUCGGAUAUCCAAGGCAAACGCGGCUUAUUGGGUCUCCAUUGGCGAGAUGAUAGGCGGUUUUCUACGUAUGGCUUGCGCCGAAAAGACUCUGGACAAGAGAAAAACAGAUCCCCAACCCUAGAUGGUCCAAAUGCGAUACGAACUCGGCAUGCCACCACGCCUGACAAGCCUGAACCCUCCUCUGCGUCCUUAUACCCUGGUACUAUGAAAGGCGCUGCAAAUAAACAUUUGAGGGACCGCCUACCAGAUAUCUCACACAUCCACAGACCAAGUCGAGAAGAGCUUCUUGCGGCUGCUACUGGCUUCUGGUCACGACUCAAGGUCCGUUUCAAGUGGUUCUCCAUCCGAAGCGUGCGGCCUUUCAAUGCGGAUGAGAUUGGGGCUUUUUUCUCUUGGUUCUUACUGGGCCAUGUCCUUUGGAUUAUAUUGGGUACGACUACAUUCUUCUCCCUUGCUAUCUUUGCUGUAAAUACAGUCUUUGCUCAGGAGACUUUGGCUCGAUGGGUGGGCAAUUACCUGACGAAGUCUUCUGGUGUCAAAGUGGUCUUUGAAUCAGCAAUCGUCCCCAAGUGGGGCGAUGGGGUCAUCACGUUCAAGAAUGUCUUUGUGUCUAGGCGGCCAGGUCAGGGUGCUGGCAAAGUAAGCAAAGGCUCUCCAUCAACAGAGGCUGCAGCUGCGGCUGCUGCCGCAAGCGCAGAGAAACUGAAGGGCUCCGGGGAAAUGAUUUCAAUCAGUGCUAAAAGUGACGAAGAAGAGGAGGACGCAAAUUAUACGCAGUUCGAUUUGUCUCUUGAUACAGUCAACGUCACUCUUUCAUUUACCAAGUGGUUCAACAGCAAGGGCUUACUCCGCGAUGUAGAGAUCAAAGGCGUUCGGGGUGUCAUUGAUAGAACGUCAGUGCACUACACAGGAGACUACGUGGACCCUCGGACCUACAAGCACGAGCAUAAUCCAGGUGACUUUGAAAUUAACUCUUUCAAAUUGGAAGACCUGCUGGUGACUGUUCAUCAACCUCAUGGUUUUCGGCCAUUCUCCAUAAGCAUUUUCUCUUGCGACCUGCCUCAGCUUCGAAGGCAAUGGCUCUUCUACGACUUUUUAUCUGCUAACAUAAUGUCCGGAUCCUUUGACGAGUCGCUCUUCACAAUUCAUCCGCGUCAGAUGCACGGGCAUGUUGGCGGUCAACUAGGUAGCGGACUUGAGAUCAACGGACAGGCAACCCCGUGGAAGAAGCACAGCCGCCUGAGGAUAGAUGGCUUGAACAUAGAUCAUUUAAAUAGGGGGGUGGAAGGACCGUUCUCCUGGAUCCAUGAAGGGAACGUCGACAUUGUAGCGGAUCUAAUGUUCCCAGCAGAUAAUGAUGAAAGCAUUGCCAAAGUCAUGUCCGACUUCUACGAUAGAAUGGAGGCCACUGUCACAUCCAGUCGACACCCCCAGAAAGGUCGAGAGUCGAUUAGAACCAAUGACAUCGAUGUACGCAGAGACGACGAAUUGACUGCUUCGACUGACUCUGGUCCGUCUGAUGAAGACAAGCGCUUUCUUGUGAUGGACCUGAGAGUCCAUCUUAAUGAUAUCCGUGCCGCUGUGCCGAUCUUCACGAAAGAUCUGUCUUAUGUGAAGAACGCUCUUAUCCGGCCCAUAGUGGCUUAUAUGAACUCGCGCAGAACCUUCAUCCCCAUCAAUUGCCGUGUGGUUAAGCGAGCUAGUGAAUUUGAUGGUAGCUGGACGAUCUUUGACAGCGGUCUGAUGGAUGAUCUUUCAGCAGAGACCUAUCAAGCCUUCGCAAAGGAUGUCACAGAUGAUCAAGCUAGGCUGCGGCGUUUCAAAAAGGUUGGCCUAUGGUCGUUGCAACUCGCUGUGCAAGCGUUCUUCAUGGGUUUGGCAGGCAACUUCGCAUAG